GAAAAAUGUCCCGCCAAACACUUUCUAGAUCCGACAAGUUGACGCUUCAAGCAAGACCCGAAUCCACUGAUACUCAGACAUCUCACGUACCAUGACGAGCAAGAGGAAGCGGGCGGCCAAAGAGGCCAUCGGUGAAAACCAACCCUCCCAGAAGCGCCCGAAGAAUGGCCCCCCGGCAACCAAUGGGUCCAGCAAGUCCAAAGCUCCAAACCCGCAUCUGGACAAGUCUCCAUUUACCGAGCACCCCAACGUCGACGAGCGCAGGAGGGAACUCGCGCUGUACGAAAAGCUCGGCAGCGAAGACGUUACCGAGCGAAUCGAGGCCGCGGAUGCGAUCGUAUCAGGGCUCCUCGGCGGAGAAGGAGUUCCCGAAGCUGUUCUGUUGCGCCAUCUCGAGAAGCGGCUCUUUAGGGGCCUUGCAAGUGGGAGGAACGCUUCGAGGCUAGGCUUUAGCUUGGUAUUGACCGAGAUACUGGGCCAGUUGUUUGGCGAGAAGGACCUAGCGAGCUCCAAGUACACCGGUCUAACCUUCAGAAAGGUUUUGGUUAUUCUGGUCGAGAAGACGCAGCCGGGCGGCGGCGUUACUGGCCAGGAGGAAAGAGACCACUUCUUUGGUCAGCUGUUCGGCAUCGAGUGCUUCAGACGUGCCGGCAUUCUCUUCGCGGAAAGGGAGAGAUGGUUUUCAGUUCUGGACCUCCUUGUGAAGCUCUCAUCGAAGAAAUCAUGGCUCAGGUCGCAAUGCGGUUACGUGGUCGUGCAAGCUGUACCGCAGAUGCAGAAGAGCGUCGCGGAGAGUACUCUAGAGAAACUGGCUGAGGAGGGAUUCGCCAAAACCCCCGAGGGUGUGGGCAUCUGGAUCGCCGCCCUGGAUCGUUUUCCUGAUAUGAAGGUCCCAGCCCAGCCGUGGCGGCACCCUUUAGCGACGACCUCUCUUUCUGCGUUGCCCGCUGCUUUAAAAGACAGCGGUAGAGAGUCUACAAGCGAUGAGAAUGGCGGCAAGAAACCAAAACAGGGCACCUGGACCGCUCAACUUCACUUUGUCUGGGAUCUCAUUCUCGCCUACUUCGUCAAGCGCGGUACUCAUUCUGACGGCGAUGCCUCGGAGCAAUUCCAGCAGUUCUGGAACCGUGUUGUCGAUGAAGGCUUCGUUUCCAAGAACUCGUCCGAGAGUCAGAAGUUUUCGGGCUUCAUGAUCUUCCAGAAAAUGCUCGAGGGCGGCAGCGAUUGCCGUUUCAUUGUCCCAACACUGUUCAGUAAAAAUCUCAUGACGUGUUUGAUGAACCAAGCUGCCAAGGACGAUCGGUACCUUCACCGUGCAGCUCUCAAGGCGCUGAAAGGAAUCGAAGGCGUAAUUGAGAAAGCUCCGUCACUGCUUCCAACCAUUCUCAAAGAGCUCCUUGGCAGACACGGGGCAUACAACUUCGACCAACGCACAAAUACCAAGACCGUAGACAAGUUGCUGCAGCACACGACUCCUGCCACGGUCAAGCCUGUCCUGAAGAUCUUGCAGCUCAAGGACCCGCCCAAGAGCGGUCUUGACGAUGCAAAGUACCACCAGGCUCUUGGAGGCUAUCUGUUCAGGUUGGCGACUGUGCCUUCUGAAAACCCCGAGGCUGACACCUCGAGCAAUUCUGUUCCCGGUCUCGCGAUUAAGGCCCUGACUGAACUCGCAUACUCAAAUACAUCGGUACCAGAAAGCACAAGGGAGGCGUUGCGGACCAGGACAACGUCGGCAUUUGCCAAGUUGGUUAGGAGACCCGAGGAUUUCGGCCACCUCUGCAACGCAAUCCUGUCCAUCGAAGCCGACGUGAACGCGGACGAUGAACUUGCUUCUGUUCUAUCCAGCGCCCGCACGAGGCUAGCAGACCUGCUCGACCCCGCGAAGGGGACAGAUCAAACGAGGGACCCUCGGCAAGCGCUAGCGUUGCUGCAUGCCGUGGGAAUUCUGCAAUUUUACAACCAGGACCCGGACGUGGUGGACCUUUUCGAGGAACUCAGCGAGUGUUACGACAAGCUCGAGAGCCAUGGCAGCGGAUCUAACGAAGGUAUUUCUGAGUACCUGGUCGAAAUCCUGCUCGCCAUGGUUGCAAGACCGUCCGCGCUCAUGCGGCAGGUAUCGCAGCAGGUGUUUGAAGCGUUCAGUGGUUUCAUGUCGGAAAAGGCAGUCAGGCUUCUAUAUGAACCCCUGGCGGUGGAAGAAAGCGACAGGGGGCGGCGACUCCUGUUCAGUACAGAAGACGAGGACAUGAUGGAUGCCGGGGGCAGUGACGAGGAAGAGCUCGACUCCGACGUUGAGAUUGUCGACCUUGAAGACGCUGGUUCCGAAGUCCCGGCUGACAGCGAUGAAGGCUCAGACGUGGAAGAAGAGAGUGAGGGCGAAAGCGCGGACCAAAACCAGGAGGCCCUCGACGCGCUCGACGACGCCCUAGCAAAAGCCCUCGGCAGCCACCGGCUGGACAAGGACGCCGAGGCCGACUCGUCCGAAGAAUCCGACAUGACUGACUCGGAGAUGAUGGCGGUGGACGAGAAGCUGGCCGAGGUCUUCAAGCAGCGCGCCAAAGUACUCAACAAGAAGAAGGAGGAGAAAGACGCUAAGGACACGGUCAUCAACUUUAAGCACCGCGUGCUUGAUCUGCUAGCCAUCUUCGUCAGGCAGGAAGCGGCGCGUCCCCGCCCGAACAGGCUCGUCUUUGACGUCCUGCUGCCGCUCGUCCAGCUCGUGCGGAAGACAACGACCAAGGCGCUCGCCAACAAGGCGAGCGAGGUCAUUACCGCUUUCUCUAAAAGCUUGAAAAAGGCGCGGGCGGCCGGCGAGAAAGAUCACAAUAUGAUCAGCAAUACAGAUCUCGGCAAUCUGAUGGCAAUUCUGAGGGAGCUGCACGAAGAGGCGUCUAUGGACAUGGCGCAUGCUUUUGCUAGAGCCGUGUCGACGGCCAGCUUGGCGGUAGCGUCGGUCCUCUGCGGGCCCGAGGGUAUGAGGCGCGAGGUGUUUGAGCUGUAUGCGCGGACACAGCUGCGGUGGUUCCAGGGCGAAGUCAAAAUUCAGCCCGCGUUCUUCUCGGAUUGGCUGAACUGGUGCCAGAGUCAUGCCAGCACUGCCGCUGCUGUUGCCGCGGCGGCGGCGGCGGCGAAGGAGCAGGAGAAAGAGGAGGAACAGAAGUAGAUAGCUUGGCCCGUGGAGGAGGGGCAGAUGCUUUCAUAAUGUUAUGUACUCUGUAGGGUGUGGAGUUCUGGAUCUUAUUAAGCUGGGUUGGAAACCCAGCGAUGCUGAAAUCUGAGACGCGAUAGUGCUCAUAGCGACCGCAACUGGAAGUAGUGAGAG